AUGGGUAGCGUUUAUGUAUACGUAUGUGGAGGGCUAUCUGCUAUUGGUAAUGUAUUUUGGGGUCUACUUUUUGGAUAUGACAUCGGUGUCAUAUCUGGAAUUCUUACUAUGCCUUAUUUUCGUAAGGAAUUCCCUUCUGGACCAGCAAAAGAAGGAUCAAUUGUGGCAUCGCUUUUAGCAGGAUGCUUUUUUGGCGCACUUGCGGCAGGAUAUUUGUCUGAUAGAAUUGGUAGAAAGUACUCAGUUCUUGUCGGAUCUGUUGUAUUUGUUGUCGGUGGUAUUUUGCAAGCAUCUUCUACGACAUUUGCUCAAAUGUAUACGGGAAGAGUUAUUGCUGGCCUUGCAGUUGGUGAACUUUCUAUGAUCGUACCCUUGUAUCAAUCCGAGAUCAGCCCAAAAGAAAUUCGUGGGCGUUUGGUAUCUCUUCAACAGUGGUCGAUUACUAUAGGGAUUGCAAUUUCAUUUUGGAUCGAUUAUGCCACACUUCAAAUCGAUUCGCCUCAACAAUGGAGAAUUCCAUUAUGGAUUCAAAUUGUUCCAGCAAUAAUUCUUGUUAUAGGAACAUUUUUUCUCCCAUUUUCACCACGUUGGUUAGUUGAUCAUGAUCGGGAUGAAGAAGCAAUAACAGUAUUGGCAAAUUUACGAUCCAAAGGAGAUAGAAAUGCAACAGUUGUACAAGAAGAAUUUAGGGAAAUUAAAGAAACUGUUAUAUUUGAGCGGGAAAUUGCUGCAAAAAGUUAUUGGGAAUUGCUUAAAGUAGGACCUGAAAAUAUUCGUAGAAGAGUGUUGUUGGGAGUUUUUAUUCAGGCUUUUCAACAGUUGACCGGAAUUAAUGCUAUUAUGUACUACGCACCUCAAAUUUUUAGUAAUGCUGGACUUGCGGAUAAUUCAUCCAGACUUCUUGCAACAGGAGUUAAUGGUCUUGUCAAUAUGUUAGCAACAAUUCCUGCAAUAAUUUGGAUAGAUCGUUUGGGACGUAAACCUACUCUAAUAUCAGGAGGCUUAUUAAUGGGCUCAUCAAUGAUAAUUAUAGGAUCUAUAUUAGCCACACAUGGAACAAAAUAUUUUGAUGAAUCGUUGGGAAAACAUUUUGUAUAUUUAGACAACAAAGGAAGCUCCUAUGCUGUUAUUGUUUUUAUAUAUGUUUUUGUGGCUAGUUUUGCUUAUUCUUGGGGCCCGACUGGAUGGAUUUAUCCUGCUGAAAUUUUUCCGUUACGCAUUCGAGGUAAAGCUAUGUCAGUAACAACAGCUUGUAAUUGGCUAUUUAAUUUUGUUAUUGGACUAGUUGUGCCAAUUUUAUUGGAUAGUAUUAUAUGGGGUACAUAUUUAAUCUUUGGAAUUUUUUGUGUAUUAAUGGCAGCUGCAAUAUACAUAUUUUAUCCAGAAACAAAAGGUAAAUCAUUAGAGGAGAUGGACAAUUUAUUUGGCAACGUGCAAAAAUCAAAAAACUUGGAAAAAAAUGAAGGGGAGCUUGAAGCAGCUUGAAGCAAACAAAAAUGAUCGUAGAGAAACGGCUAAACGUUAAAAGUUAUUAUUACUAUUAUUACUAACUUUUCUUAUCAUUUAUUUUAAUAAUAUGUAUAUUAUUUAUUGUGUACCAUUGUUUAUAAUAUGGUGAUACUGUAAUACGUUAGUGAUGGUCAAAUUAUUUUUAUAUUAAAAAAAAAUUGUCACAUUGUAUGUAUUUUAAUAAAUUUUAUAAUUGUAGCUUUGACUUAAAAGUUCCAAGCUAAAUUUGGGUAAAAUUUUAUUAUUUCCCAAUAUAGUUUAUUGCGGGAUUUUGAUGACAGUAAAUUCGUCCAACGCUAACACUC